AUGGAGUUUAUCUUGAAUUUGAUUCACAAACUAUUGAACACUUAUUUACCACAUAUUGCAACAACAGCACUCAUCCAUUUCAUCCCUCUAUAUCUCUUUCUCAAGUUUCUUUACUUCAUUUUCCGUUCUAUAUUUUUUAUCGAAAACGUUGCUGGUAAAGUUGUUGUCAUCACAGGUGCCUCUUCCGGUAUUGGCGAGCAUUUAGCCUAUGAAUAUGCUAAAAAAGGUGCACGAUUAGUCCUUGCGGCACGAAGGCGCAAGAGUCUUGAACAAGUAGCAGAUAUGGCCUAUUGGCUUGGAUCUCCACAAGUUAUCUCUGUACAUGCUGAUGUAUCCAAAGUCGAAGAUUGCCAGCGAUUAAUCGAGGAAACAAUAAGCAAUUUUGGUAGAUUGGAUCAUCUGGUGAGCAAUGCUGCUGUGACGCCUCUAUACAUGUUUGAAGACCUUGUAGAGGUCACCAAUGCUGCACCUGCAAUGGACAUAAAUUUCUGGGGUGCAGUUUAUACUACGCAUUUUGCAAUUCCCUAUUUGAAGGAAACAAAGGGCAAAAUCGUAGCAAUCACUUCGUCAGCUGGUUAUUUACCUGCCGCCAGAAUCAGCUUCUAUAAUGCGAGUAAAGCUGCAUUGAUUAGUUUCUUCGAGACGUUGAGGGUAGAACUUGGGACACAAAUUGGGAUUACGAUUGUUACUCCAGGACUAACCGAAUCUGAGAUGACUAAAGGCAAAUUUCUCACAACCGAAGGCAAGUUGGAAGUAGACCAAGUAAUGAGAGAUGUUGAGAUGAGCGUGACUCCAAUAUUGCCAGUGGAAAAGUGUGCAAGAUCAAUAGUGAAAAGUGCAUGUCGUGGAGACAAGUACCUAACGGAGCCACUAUGGUUCAAGACAUUUUUCAUCUACCUACUUUUUUUUCCCGAGGUUGUAGAUUGGUUCCAACGUUGGUUCUUGAUCCCGGGGCCAGGGAAACCAGCAACCGAGUCCCCCAGUAAGAUACUUUUGGACGUGACCGGAUUACAGAAAUACGUGUAUCCAGAGUCUCUCCUAUCUCCACAUAUAAAAGUGGAUUAAUUGAGCAUCAGACUCAAUUGUAAGCUGUACUUAACUACAUGUAUAUCAGCAAAAUGUCGAUGCACAAUGGCUAGAAAGUGGUUUUUACCCUUUUUGCUCCUUUGGAACUCGAACUCACAACCUGAAAGGUUGGAUGUUGGAAGUGAAGGGU